AGCCAGAGUGAAUGUUUGUUGUCACCUUGUUUUGGGUGUGGAAAAAUGGCAUCCGAGACAGGAAGAUACAGAUCAGUUUCUAAAAGCAAAGAUCCCUCCAGUUUACUUAUUUCUGUUAUAAGAACACUGUCCAGCAGUGACGAUGUGCAGGACAGAGAGACAGAGAAGAGCCGCCUGGAGGAUGCUUAUGAAAAGUGUGACCGGGAACUGGAUGAGAAGAUUGUGCGCCACUACACCGAACUGACCACGGCAAUUCGCACAUACCAAAGCAUAACAGAGCGAAUCACUAGCUCUCGCAAUAAGAUCAAACAGGUGAAGGAAAACCUUCUGUCCUGUAAGAUGCUGCUGCACUGCAAGCGAGACGAACUGCGGAAGCUGUGGAUCGAGGGCAUCGAGCACAAGCACGUGCUCGACCUGCUGGACGAGAUCGAGAACAUCAAGCAAGUGCCCCAGAAGCUGGAGGCCUUCAUGGCCAGCAAGCACUACCUGCACGCCACUGACAUGCUGGUGUCUGCGGUGGACUCCCUGGAGGGCCCGCUGCUGCAGGUGGAGGGCCUGAGCGACCUGCGGCUGGAGCUGCACAGCCGCAAGCUCAACAUCCACCUGGUGCUGAUCGACGAGCUGCACCGCCACCUCUACAUCAAGUCCACCAGCCGCGUGGGCCACAAGAACAAGGACAAGGCGCGCAGCAUGGGCUCUGGAGCCAAGGACACGUCUAUUUUGGAUGUCAGCACCCUGUCCACCCCGCGCAAGCUCACCGACACCUCCCAGUUCAGCACUCCAGGGAUGCGGGAGCAGCAGCCGGACGUGUGCGAGGACCUGGACGCGGACCCGGAGGAGAACAGCGCCGAGUUCAUGGGCAUCCUCAUCAAGGCCCUGGCCAAGCUGAAGAAGCUCCCCGAGACGGUCAAGGCCAUUAUGGAGCGUCUGGAGACCGAGCUCAAGCAGAUCCUCAAGAGGUCCACCACCCAGAUCGCCGACCACGCCUACCAGCGGGGAGAGACCCUGGCCCAGGACAACCAGCCCAGGCUGCUGCUGGAACUGCUGGAGCUACUGUUCGACAAGUUCAAUGCGGUGGCUGCAGCUCAUAGCGUGGUGCUGGGCCACCUCCAGCACAUCGUAUCCGCCAGCAGGGGCUCUCAGGAGGGCAUCAAACUGUACGAGCAGGCCGACGUCUCUGCCAAGAUCCAGACUGUGCUCCAGGUGCUGCUAAUGGACUACCUGGACGUGAAGAACAGCCGUAGUGCCGCUGAGCCUUCUGCCCAGCUCUCCUACACCAGUGCCGCCAGCGAUUUUGGGGCCUUCUUUGCCAAAAAGAAACCAAUACAAAGAAAACAGUCACUUUUCAAGUUUGAGUCGUCCUCCCAUGCCAUCAGCAUGAGUGCCUACCUGCGGGAGCAGAGGAGGGAGCUGUACAGCAAGAGUGGAGAGCUGCAGGGUGGCGCUGAUGACAACCUGAUCGAAGGCGGCGAGACCAAAUUCCUGUGCAAACCUGGGGCCAGAAACAUCACCCUCAUAUUCCAGCCUCUGCUGCGGUUCAUCCAGGAGGUGGAGCAGAACAUGGGCCCUGGCCAGGCCAAGCAGUGCCAGCUGCGCACCUUCCUCACCUACUACAUCAACGACCUCUUCCUCAACCAGGUGCGCACCGAGACCAACAAGGAGAUCGAGACCGUCACCAAGGUGGCCGAUCCGCUCAAGAUCCUGGCCAGCGCCGACACCAUGAAGGUCCUGGGCGUCCAGCGGCCGGUGCUUCAGAGCACGGUGAUCGUGGAGAAGUCCAUCCAGGAUCUAAUGAACUUGAUGCAGGACCUGAGCGCCUACUCCAACCAGUUCCUGGAGAUGGUGUGUGACAAACUGAAGGAAUACAAAGAGAUCUGUAACACAGCCUACAGGUUUAUAGUCCAGAGUGAGGAGAAGCUGACCAUCAGUGCCUCCUGGUCAAAGGAUGAGGACAUCAGCCGCCUGCUGCAGUCUCUGCCCAACUGGACCAGCAUGGCUCAGCCCCGCCAGCUGAGACAGAAGAGGGAGGAUGAGGAGGAUUACACCAGGGCUGCCUUUGCCAAGGAGUCGGAGGUGUUGACAGGUAACCUUGGCGACAAGCUGAUCCCGCAAAACGAGAUCCUGCGCGACGUGAGCGACCUGAAGGCGCUGGCCAACCUGCAGGAGAGCAUGGAGUGGCUGGCGGGGCGACUCAAAGGCUUCUUCUCCAGCCUGCCACCCGCCUCCAACAUUUCCCCAAGCUCUCAGGACACGCAGACGAGCAGCGAGAGCAUGCGCAGCCGGGAGCAGAUCCUCCAGACACUGACUGACCUCUCGCGGGGCUUCCAGGACAUCGCUGACCGCUGCCUGCUGGCCUUGCACCUGGAAGUCAGAGUGCACUGUUUCCAUUACCUCAUUCCCUUGGCCAAGCAGGGCAACUACGCCAUAGUGGCCAACGUGGAGAGCAUGGACUACGACCCACUGGUGGUCAAGCUCAACAAGGACAUCAGUGCCAUCGAGGAGGUGAUGGCAGCCAGCCUGCAGCAGCACAAGUUCCAGUACAUCUUCGAGGGACUUGGUCAUCUCAUCUCCUGCAUCCUCAUCAAUGGGGCGCAGUACUUCAAGCGCAUCAGCGAGUCAGGCAUCAAGAAGAUGUGCCGCAACAUCUUCGUCCUCCAGCAGAACCUCACCAACAUCACCAUGUCCCGCGAGGCAGACCUGGACUUCGCCAGGCAGUACUACGAGAUGCUCUACAACACGCCGGACGAGCUGCUGAACCUGGUGGUGGACCAAGGUGUGCGCUACACCGAGCUGGAGUACACCAACGCGCUGAGCCUACUGCACCGGAGCCAGACGGGCGUGGGCGAACUAUCGGUCCAGAACGUGCGGCUGCAGCGCCUCAAGGAGCUCAUCUGUGAGCAAGCGGCCAUCAAACAGGCCACCAAGGACAAGAAGAUCACCACCGUCUAAGGGGGGUGGACAAGAUCACCACUGUAUAGGGGGUGGGGUGGAUGGAGGCCCCCCCACAGAGGAUGGACUGAUGGAUGAAUAAAAUGGAUGGGAUGUGUUUAUUAAUGUUUUAAUUAUAACCCUCAAAUACACACACGUAGAAACUCAAUGCUUUAACAGAGUCAGCAAGUUACUGAAACUCAGAUCUCUUCUCCUCUCUCUCUCUCCCUCUCUCUCUCUCUUUCUUUUUUCUUACUCUUUUAUUUAUCCAAUUACAGCUCAUCACUCUCUUCCGAUAAUGCCUUUUCAUGCAGUUUUCUGACUUCUGGUGUUUGUUUGUUUGUUUGUUUGUUUGUUCAUACAGUUUAUUUAUGCAUUAACACAGCGAACCGGAAAGUAACUUUCUCAUCUGAUACGCAUCUACAGUAGUGACUUUGUACCGCACCUAACAUUUCUCUAAUAAGAAGGCCUAAAGAUACAAACACACACACACACACACACACACACACAUACACACUAACUCGAUAAAUCCUUAGAUCAUGCUCCUGUGGACUUGGCUUCACCUUUUAGUACUGGGGGACUGUAUGUCUCUGGCUUGGGGCCAUCUUCAUCUCAUUUUCUGUGUAAUAUCACAGCGGCGUGCCGUGCCGCGUCCGUAUCACAGCCCUCCUCAGUAUCUCUCGGUCGGCACCCGUGCCCAGAAUAGCCAAUGCUAGAUUAGAACCAUUUGAAUUAUUAUCAGGUGAGUGGAAUCUUCUCCACCUCACUUUUUCUUUUUUCCGUCGUCGUUGUUGUUGUUGUUGUUGAUGUCGGUUGUGAUUUUCUCCGCACCCUGGAGAUGAGGUAAUGGAAAUAACCACGCACUCGUUUAACCACAGAUUCUGUUUUUUACUUUCUCGCUCACGUGAUUUUACUACCUCUACUUUGUUUCCGGCAAUUUCCUCAUCUUCUUCAUUUCACCCCUGUAGUUUCCAGCUGAGGCAGUGGGGAGGGGUGGGAGAGAAGACCUGAUCCGUAAAGGCUCCCAAUGCUGACCAUUGCUGCAUAGAGGCUCAUUUGGAAUGCAAGAGCCGGCCUUGCUGCAGCGUAAACACAAUUCAUACAAGGAUGGUUUUACAAAAUGGAUGCUUGCGAAUUCACCUUCGACUGUAAUUUUGGGACCUCUCUUAAAAGCCACUGCAUCCCCCUGCUCAGGCAGAUGCCGAGGCAAGUGCACACACACACUCCAGCACAGAGGCACAAAUGAUUUGUCUCUCGUGCUCCCCUGACAUCUUUUAGUUCAUUAAGUGUGGAGAAAAGCGCUUAAGAAAAGACAGGAAAAAAUGGAAGGGGAGAUAGAAAGGAAUAAAGAGAGCCUCGUCAAGAAAAUGGAAGAAAAAAGAGAAAAACACAGGCACGAGGCAGGGACGCUUUUUCCCAGAAAGUGCCGGAAUGAUCCAUCAUAAUGACUCAGCCCCAGAAAUCAAUGAGGGAGUAGGGGCAGCCAUAGGGAUUAGCGAGAGGCAAACAAUCUUUCAUUUCUGUCGCUGAUUUCAAUCUUGAGGAGAGCGUUCUACAGCUGUCAAGCCAGGUUGAGGAUUUUUUUUUUUUUUUUUUGGCAAAAGGGCAGAUAGAGCAACGUGUGAGGUAUGAAAAGGGUAUGACUGCCAAGCCUUUAACCCUGAACAUGGACGGCCUCACUGGGGUAAAGGUAGAGUAGGCAAAGGCCCAAAGGGUGGGCUGUGAGGGAGGCUGCUUCCAGAUAUAGCACAAGUAUGUGUCAAACAAAGGCUUUGUUAUGCUUCAAUAUUAUUUCUAUACUUUGUUUUGUUGAUCUUUUGUGUAGACAUUACUUACAGAACCACAUUUUGUUUUGCACAACACUAAUUAGGACGUCCAUUGAAUUUGUUUUUAUGAAUAUAUGAAUGUACUUCUUGUGUGCCUGUGUGGUGCAGGAUUAAUUAAAAAGGAUUAUUUUGAACCUUGAAAUGAACAUAAUAUCCUGGAUGAGAUCACCUGGAGAAACCUAGCCGAUAACACUGAAUUCUGUAAGUUACUGAUUUGCCAAUCCAUGUUGGUGUAAAAGAGUAAAACAGCAACAAUAAACAAUGAUAUGACAA